AUGCCAUUUGGCUGUUUGACACUCAGGGAGAAUAAGGAUUACAACAAUCCCUCAGAGGUGACCGAUAAAUAUGACCUUGGACAAAUUGUCAAAUCGGAGGAGUUCUGUGAGAUCUUCAGAGCGAAGGAUAAGAACACACUCAAAAUGUUCACCUGUAAAAAGUUCUUGAAAAAGGACGGGAGGAAAGUGAGGAAAGCUGCCAAGAAUGAGAUUCUAAUCUUGAAUAUGGUAAAACAUCAUAACAUCCUCCAGCUGGUUGAUGUCUUUGAAACUAGAAAGGAGUACUUCCUCUUCCUGGAGCUAGCUACAGGCAGAGAGGUCUUUGACUGGAUCUUAGACCAAGGCUACUACUCAGAGAAGGACACCAGCAACGUUGUCAGACAGGUGUUGGAAGCCGUGGCCUAUUUGCACUCCCAGAGAAUCGUCCACAGGAACCUCAAGCUGGAGAACUUGGUGUACUUCAACCGCCUGAAGCACUCCAAAAUAGUGAUCAGUGACUUCCACCUGGCCAAGCUGGAGAGCGGACUCAUCAAGGACCCCUGUGGAACCCCAGAGUACCUUGCUCCUGAGGUGGUGGGUCGUCAGAGGUACGGAAGGCCAGUGGAUUGCUGGGCCAUCGGGGUCAUCAUGUAUAUUCUUCUGUCAGGAAACCCCCCUUUCUAUGACGAAACGGAAGAUGAAGACUAUGAUAAUCACGACAAAAACCUUUUCCGCAAGAUUCUGUCGGGAGACUAUGAGUUUGACUCACCGUACUGGGAUGAUAUAUCUGACUCAGCGAAAAGCCUGGUGUCAUGUCUGAUGGAAGUGGAGCAGGAUCAAAGACUGACUGCACAGGAGGCCAUCAACCAUGAAUGGAUUUCUGGGAAUGCAGCCUCCAACAAGAAUAUCAGGGAUGGAGUGUGUGGGCAAAUUGAAAAGAACUUUGCCAAAGCCAAGUGGAAGAAAGCUGUAAGGGUCACAACCCUGAUGAAGAGGCUUCGAGCUCCAGAACAGAGUGACUCCGGUGCCUCCAGCCCAGUUCCAGGGGCCACUGCUGGCCCUGUCACCCCGAGCAACACUCCAGUACCCCCAGCUGAUGGGUCUGAGGGCACCCCUGCCAGCACAGAGGCCUCACUCACCCUCCAGGUUCCCAAUUCACAGAAGGCACCCGCCAUCAUCACUCCUGGUUCCCCCUCCCAGCUCCAGCCCAGCCCAGCUCCUGAGGAGCCAGAGGCUGAGCCCCUGGAACGGUGUAACGGGGACUCAGCAGCACCACUCCAAACACCCCCACAAACACAGGAGGAUCAGAAUGGCUAG